UAUGCUGUGCUGCUAUGCAGACAGGAAGUGAGGAGUGCUUGUGCGCGUCUCCCUGUUUGGCUGCACAGCCAAUGCAGAAACUUACCACCGACGAGAAUAAGAGCCUUCAUGGUUUGGAUAUGUGUCUGUGCGUAUGUGUGUUAAAGAGGGGAGAGGAGGGAGGGGCGAAGCGCGAAAGCGUGGGGUGUAGCUAGCAAACAAAAAAGCGAGAGCGGUUAUGAAAAGACAGGAAGUGGGAGAAAAAGCAAUUGACGAUACUCAAGGAGGAAAGAAAGCAGAGCCUGUCCCUGGGCCAUGCCGCUGUCUAUUUAACCUCCAUCAGGCACCAGGCCGGCUGUUGCUGCGUUCACUGCCGGCAAGAAGAAAGUGGAGCAGCCAAUUAAGCCUGGCAAGUAGGAAACGCGCUGUGCCCCUCUCGCACUCGCCGGGCUGCAAUCCUCCAAGGUAUCUCUCUUUCCUCGUCGUUACGUGGGCCAAUCGCUUCUACCCACGCCCGCCAAUCCGCGCAAUGAUGGCAGAGGCCAAAAAUAAACAUCUAUCUAGGCCGACAGAAUUGCCCUGGCCCCGCACCAACAGCAACCUGUUCGGCGGCGACUGGAGGGGAGCCAAAAUAGCCCACUGGCAGUUCUAUUUUUCGCUCACUAGCUGGCGGCAUCAGGGGCACGCAUCUUUAGGCACACUCAUUUAUUUUUGUGGGGUGAUGCCAGCCGUCCUGCGUGUCACAAUGCUGGGGCGCUUGUGGAGCACACUGGUCGUGUAUGAGUGGUGGUGCCAGUUCACCUAGCGGCUAGCAGCUAAUUAUUGCCUAAAUUGGGGCCCAAACAAAGGUGGUGGUGAGACCGCAUGGUCAGAAUGGGCUGCUCGUUGCACACGGACCAAGACCGUCUUGCCGCUCUAGCCCUCCCCCUGAUGUCCCGUAGCACGGAGGACCCCACGGCAAUGAUGUCGCUCUACCGCUGGCUCUGUCACCGUCGCCUCCUCAGGCUACAUGUCACCGUCGCCUCCUCAGCUACAUGUCACCGUCGCCUCCUCAGCUUUAUGUCACGGAUCGCCUG